AUUUGAACAGAACAACACAUUACAAUGGUGUACUAGACUAGUACCCAAGAGUUUACCCCCUCACACUUCACAGAGGCUAGAGAGAGAUAGACAAAGUGGUAGCAAAUGGGAAUGGCUACCACAUCCAUAUCUCUAUCCCCAACAACUUUUCCCCCAAUUCUCAAACCAAACCAUUGCCAAUUUCUCAGAACCCAGAAACCAAAUUCUUUGCCUUUGCCCUCACAAACCAAUUUUUCAACCAAAAAGACCUUAACUUUCCACAACCCACAUGAGAAUAUCAACCAGAGAAGCACCCUAAUUUGGAGAACGUAUGCAACCUCAGUUGAAUCUGUGGCUUCAGAAGCAAACCCAAUUGAGACUGCACAGGAGAUAGUGGCCACCACUAGUGAUGAUGGUGUCUCUGUCACCAUUUCUGUUCUUCUCUUUGUUGCAUUUGUUGGUCUCACCAUUCUCACUAUUGGGGUUGUGUACCUAGGUGUGACAGAUUACUUGCAGAAGAGGGAGAGGGAGAAGCUUGAGAAAGAAGAGGAAGCUAACAAGAAGAAGGGUGGAAAGAAGAGGAGACUGAGAGCAAGAGCUGGGCCUAAGGGAUUUGGACAAAAGGUUGAAGAGUUUGAAUUUGAUGCAGAUGAUUAAAAUGUAGGCACUUGCUUCCUGUAACCAUUUCGACGUUUUUGUAACUCUUGAUUUGUAUUAUGAAGUUUUCGAAACAGUUGAAAGUAA